UUUUUUUUUUUUUUUUUUAAUGUUACUGCUCAGGAAGGAAGCUGAAGCCUAGGCCCUAACUGCAGUCCUCCUGGUUCCUCCUCCGAGCCCGGGCUGCUGUCCACACUCCAGCUGCCUCCCACACUCUGUUCUGCUCUUUUCUAGAAUUCCUUCUUCACGAUGACUCCGGCGUUUGGGCC